AGUUCAUUCGGAAUUGUUGCGGUGUUUACACGUGUUUGACUAAAAUUGUGGCGGAGAGUCAUGCUCAGCACGUAGAGGUGGCACAAUACGGCACACAUUUCAUAGUGGUAAUAAUAACAAUAACAACAGCAGCGACUGAAACGCAUUGCCACCCCUUAAAGUUGUGUGAUGAACCACUGGCGGGUAAUGUUCUUGUUGAUGGUGGUGAUGGUGCAUCGCAUACUAUAGUAAUAACAACAACAAAAGUGACAAGCAAACAACCCUUGAGUUCAUAUCGAGUUUUUGUUUUUUUUUUGUGCAUUUUCUAACAAGCGAACGCAAGUGGCGCAUCGUGAAUUUUCGAAAACACGUUGAAACUUACAACUUUGUGAUUCUUGAAUUCGUCAGCGAGACACAGUGCUAUAGUGCGCUGGGGUAGGCCAAGAAACUGUUUUUAUGACCAAAUGUACUCUAUUAUCGAUAAUUGCAAUCAAGAAUUGCUUAAAAUCGAAAAAAUUCUGAAGAAAUUAAUUUAGAAAAGAGCCAAAAAUAGAAUUGCGAAUAAAGAAAAACAAAAAAUUAGCGAAUUUACUACAACAGAUAUACAACAACUUUGCAAAAUACGCAUGUAGAGUGUUAAGUGUCGGCAUUAUAGUUGCAAUAAAAGCACCAACAAGAUAGCGGGCAAAAAUAAUCAGAAUUGGUAAACAGAAUUGCGAACAAAUGGGUAUAAAAUGUGGCUGAUGUCGGAAAUUUAAUGAGCUGCGGAGUUAAGCGAUAGGUUAAGCACACAAACGGAGACAAACAAAAAAAUAAAAACAAAUACAAAAUAAAUAUAAAUAAAUAAAAACCGAAAGCAAGUGGAAACAAGCUGCAAAUACAACAGCAACGUAAAUAUUUAAUUGCAGGCAUUAAAAAAAAUUCAACAAAACAAAUAGUAAAUAAAUUAAACACAAAUGUGUAAAAAAAGUAAAUAAAAAAUUCAAACAGAUAUCAAACAACAACAACAACAAGCAAGCAGCAUUGCAAAAUCGCGCAAAAUCAAAGCCAAACAAACAAUUUCGCGUAGAAACGAGAAAAAAAUAAAGAAAACAACAAAAGCUCGCCUACAACCAUACCAACAACAACUACGACAACAACUUUCCGUCAACGUUGAACAACAGCAAGAAAACGGCUUUUCUACAGCAACGACGCCUCUUCGGUGGCGGUGCAUUGGCAUCGUCACCAGCGACUGGUGGCGGCGGCACCAACACCGUCACCGAGGUCAUAUUGCAGCGUUCGCAAUCACAGCAGCAACAACAGUCGGAAAGAAGUAGCAACUUCAGCUUGAGCAGUCAUCACAGCAACAGCGUUGGCAGCGCAAGCAGUGUUGGUAGUGGCGGCGCAGAGCGGAGUGUUGGCGAACGCAGUGGCAAUAGCACCGGUAAUGGCAUACUAACCAAUGGCAACAACAAUAUUGCUAGCAUUAUCAACAGCAUCAAUAGCAGCAAUAGUGGCAGUGGCACUGGCAGUAAUCAUAAUUUUAAUAGCAACAACAUAAACAGCAACAACAAUUGCAAUGGCAAUACAAGCGUAAAUAUUGGCAGUAGCAGCGGCGGCAGUGGACGCUAUCGACCGCCAUUAUUUCCGAAACCUAAAACACCGUCAUUCGAUAAAGAUCGGGACUACAUCGGCUUUGCCACACUACCCGAGCAAGUGCAUCGGAAGUCAGUGAAACGCGGCUUCGAAUUUACGCUUAUGGUUGUUGGCGAAUCUGGUCUAGGCAAGUCAACGCUGAUUAAUAGCCUCUUUCUCGGUGAUCUGUACAAGAAUCGAGUAAUACCCAAUGUUGAAGAACGGCUCGAAAAGACGACGCGUGUUGAAAAGAAGACAAUGGAUAUAGAAGAGCGUGGUGUACGCUUGCGCUUAACGGUGGUGGAUACACCAGGUUUCGGCGAUGGCAUCAAUUGUGAGGAUAGUUGGCGCGUCUGCACUGCCUACAUCGAUGAGCAGUUCCGUCAAUACUUCACAGACGAGAGCGGACUGAAUCGUCGCAAUAUACAGGAUAACCGGGUGCAUUGUUGUUUGUACUUUGUGCCGCCGUGGGGUCAUAGUCUCCGCCAGAUGGAUCUGGAUCUCAUUAGGCGUCUACACCGCAAGGUCAAUAUUGUGCUGGUAAUCGCCAAGGCGGAUUGUCUGACCAAAAAUGAGAUACGCAAACUCAAGGAGCGCAUACUACAAGAUCUGGAGGAUAACAAAAUACAGUUAUAUCAGUUUCCCGAAUGUGAUUCCGAUGAAGAUGAUGAUUUCAAACAGCAAGAUCGCGAUCUAAAAGCUUCGAUACCAUUCGCCGUUGUCGGUAGCAACACGAUACUUGAGGUGGCGGGCAAAAAAGUGCGCGGUCGUCAAUAUCCCUGGGGUGUAGUGGAUGUGGAAGAUCCCGAACAUAGUGAUUUCAAUAAAUUACGCACUUUCCUCAUCUCGACACACAUGCAAGAUCUGAAGGACACCACACAGGAUGUGCACUACGAGAACUUCCGUGCACAAUGCAUUUCACAGAUAUCGCAACACGCGCUCCGGGAGCGCGGCAAAUUGAAGCGCGACUCGAUCAGCUCGACCAAUGGUUUUGAUGCGGCCAUUUCGGAAACCGAUCGCCUGCUUUUGCAGAAGGACGAAGAGAUACGACGCAUGCAGGAUAUGCUCACACAAAUGCAGGAGAAACUCAAGCAGACACAUUUGAUGGAGAUGAAGAAAAACGACAGUGUUAUCGAUGUUUAAGUACAUAAAAAGAGAGAGAUAGCUGACGUACUAGAGAGUAACCAAUAGAGAGCAGUUUGAAUAUAGAAUUUCUUGUAGGAAUGAGCUCAAACCCCAGCAAAUCCACAAACUACCAACAUUUCGCGCACAACUGUACAACGCUGAGUAUUCAUUAUUUAGAAAAAGGAAUUUAUAGUAUUUUCAAGCACAGACACACACAAAUAUAUAUAUAACAAUAUCUAUAUAGUAGACAUAUUUAGCUUAGUUUGAGUUUAAAUUAAACCAAACAAAGUUAGGUUAGGUUCCCUUGCAUAAAUACUAGACACUCCAAAGUGUUUUCUGAGCUCAUUUUGAUUUCGAUUUUCAUUUUUGAAUUCUGCCACACACAUACCAGUGCAAUAAAAUAUACACACAUAUAUAUAGAAAAACAACGAUAAGCUGAUUAAGGCAUUAUUUCGAAAACCAAAAUUCAGAAAAAUAUGUAUUCCCAUACGUACAUACAAAUACAUAAAAAAUGCAUUCCACAUUUAUCAUUACAAAAGUGAAAUAUAUAUGUAGUCUGCAAAACGAAUAACUGUUUUUUCGAGAAUCCAAACGUUAGCGGUAUUCACAAGCGUUAAAUAGCUACUUACUAAUCAAUUGCAUAUUAGAGGCGAUCAUAUUUAAACGAAAAAUAAGUCAUUAAAAAUAUUACAAAUAAUAAAUUUA